AUGAUGUUGGGUUACCAAUUAGCUUUAGCUAAAGAAAAUGAAAUAUUAACUAAAGAACGACUUUGUUCUGGUUUAACAUUAUUUGAAUUUGUUUUAAAUAAAAUUAAACAUUUCCUACAUGAAGAAGAUUCUGACGGUAGCAAUACUACUACAUCAUGGCAUCGUCUUGGUCAUCUAUUGAAACAUAAUUCUCUCAACAAUGGUACUACAACAACAACAACAACCAAUACCAACCUGCUACAUCAAAAUGAUAUACUUGGCUUAGAAUGUUAUACACAUUUUCAUCGUUUAUGGUCUGUCAUUCAAUUAGUGUUUUGUACACCAUUUGGUCAAAAUGAAUAUACUAUUGAAGAAAUGUUUGGUGAAGGUUUAAAUUGGGCUGGUUGUGCUAUAAUUCUACUGUUAGAUCAACAACGUCAAUUUGAAGCAGUUGAUUUUGGUAGUUAUAUUUUACGAUUACAACGUGUAGAUAAAAAAGAUGUGACACCGAUGGGAGUUUCACUUGAACGAAUGGCUGCACGUUUAAGUCGUUUCUCUGUAUUGAAUCGUCAAAUUUUUUCUACAUUAAAUCUAUACCUACAUCCAAUUGAUCGACUAGAUGAAUCUAGUGUACGUGUUCGUCAAUUCCCUGUACCGACAUGGUCAAAAUCAUAA